AUGUGCUUCACCUAUCAACUCAUUUACGGUUGCACAAAUGAACGCAAAGAGACACACACUCUCUUCGUACAUCGUCGCUGCGAACUCGGAACCAUCGAAAAAUGCCCUAUCAAGGUGAAGGCCAUUGAACUCAAACGUCUAUUCUGUGAGGAGUGUCUCGAAGGGGGACGAGCCACCACGAAACGCCCUCCGUACAAGAUUCCCGGUACACGUGCAAAAUAUUUAGUCGAGGAGUUAGAUAAGAGGGCUCAAAAUGGAGAGGCUAUACUGGGAAACGACUACCUCAGGCGACAGGCUUCAUUUUUCACUAGCUGCUCUAUGGCGAGAGAUCUCCACACAAUUUCCGGAGAUCAUCCAUUCUUUCACAUCCAGGAACUCAUGCACCGAAGACUCAAUAACGAGGAUAUCAAUGCAAUCGAAAGACUCGCCAUAGAAAUGCAGCGUGUUCACGUGGGUGGUUUCGCGGACGGACGUCAUUAUGUAUACCCGGUAGCGGCAAUGUUGCACAAAGCCCUUCUAGGAAGCAUCAUUGCUCGCGCUGAAUCCGACGGUAUUGUUCAAUCAUGCUGUAAGCAUGGAACACACGAGCCACUGCAUACUGAAAACCAAGGAGUGAACGUCGUCGUUCGUUUUGGUCUUGCCAAUGCUCACAAUAACGAAAGAGAAUGCAGUACUUGCAAGGAUCAUCCGACUCUUGGCGGUCUGCCGUGCGCAGAAUGCAGAUGCAGUAUGAAGAGAUAUGUAAAGUACAAGGGAAAGGCUGGCAGUUUGGUCUUUGUAGACUCAGACAUUACGCCUUGGGAAAUUCGAGCUAUAAUGGAUAUUCACAGAGAGUUCUAUUCCGAGAAUGCUAAGCCUGAGAGCUCUAAGAAAUCAAAACUGUGGCGCUCAGUGCACCGAAUCUUGGGAUAG